AUGACUCGCAGAUAAUGAAAGAAUGGAAUUAAGGUGGGUCACGUGAUCGAGGCUGUGAGCGCCAUGAUUCGACCGUUGCAGUGACGUCAAAAGAUGGGAAUUAUCUGGUUGUUAAUUCUGGUUACUGCAGUUCUGGAGGGGCUUCCUGUUGGCCUGUGUCAGAGAUUCGAAACUUCUGGAAAAGACAUCAAACCACAUUUCAAGGAGCGCCCGGAUAAAAGCAAAAUAGCGGUAGUAGGAGAUACUGUGAAGCUUCCAUGCCAAGCAUUUGGUACACCCAAACCGUUUCACGUCUGGUACUACAACAAUUCAUUGGUCAACCCCAGCAAUAAAACAAGGAUCUCCAUCAAAAGAACAACCCUAGUCAUUAACAGGACAGAGAUAGAGGACUCAGGAGUCUAUAGCUGCCACGUAUCCAAUCAGUAUGGGGAGGACUGGGUUAACAUAACACUUACAGUCAUAAAGGAAAGUGAGUCGACUAAGUAUGGUUUCGCAGAACAGGUUACAGAAGCUAAAGUUCCAGAGAAAACAAAUCCUUCAUGGAGUUUAGAACAAAGAGGUGGAACUACCAAAAAUGGGAUGGUAACUUCCUACACGACAUUUGAGUGCUGCCCAGAGGGAACGCCUAAACCUGUCAUCAAGUGGUAUAAAAAUGGAACUCUUUUGGAUGAGAGUACAAGUUCUAGGAUAGUGCUACACAGAGGAGGUAGAGAAAUGGUUCUGAGAGACUUGUUACUCUCUGAUGCUGGAGAUUACACUUGUAUUGCUUCCAACAUUCAUGGAUCUAUUAAGUGGACUUAUACUUUACAAGUUUAUCAAAGAGCUCCCCAUGUUCCAAUAAUAGAAGAACCCCUAAACCAGACAGUGCGUGUUGGAGAAAAUGCCACGUUCAUGUGCAAAAUCCUCAUUAGUCAGUUCCACCCUCAUGUCCAGUGGGUCAAGCAUGAGCCUGUCAAUGGCUCAGAGACUGACGAAAAUGGGAAUUAUUAUUUUAAACUGAUCCAGGUUUCAUCCAUUGAUAACAGUGAACCUGAAGUCCUUGUCAUCUACAAUGUCAGCAAAGAAGAUGAAGGAAAAUAUUCCUGUGUGGUCAGCAAUGCUAUUGGCACUAAACACAAAUCAGCAUAUCUGAAAGUUUUGGAUGAUGUGGAUUUGAGUCCUAAAAGCAGCAGCAGCACUGGUGGUGGUAAUUCUUUAGAGUACACGGUAUACUGGGUGGUGAUCUCCAUCUCUAUUGUCAUCAUCAUUGGCUUGCUAUGCACAAUAUGCUUGGCAUACAGAAUGUGCAGGAGGAACAAGCCCCAACAAAGGAGUGUUAAGCGCAUCAUCAUCAUGAAACCUAAUGACCUGUAUUGUGAUAGCAAGGACCCUGAUGCUAUAGCUCCCCUUAUGGUGCCACAAAUUCGUAUAGUAGAAGGAUACACCAGUUCUAACAGUAGGAGGAAGAGAUUGUCCUCAGACUUCACAGAAGUAUCAGAGUACCACCUGCCCUAUGACAGCAAAUGGGAGUUCCCAAGAGAACGCCUUAAGCUUGGCCAGAGACUAGGUGAAGGUGCAUUUGGGCUUGUAGUUAAGGGAGAGGCAAUGGGACUCCAGAACAACAACAGCCCCACUACUGUGGCUGUGAAGAUGCUGAAGAAAGAUGCCACAGACAGGGAGAUGAUGGACUUGAUAAGGGAGAUGGAGACCAUGAAGCGAAUUGGGAAAAAUAAAAAUAUCAUCAACCUUCUUGGCUGUUGUACACAGAGAGGACCCCUGUAUGUGAUUGUGGAGUUUGCACCAUAUGGGAACUUGAGGGACUUUUUGAAGACCCACCGGCCACCUAAUCCAACCUUCCCUCCCAUGACACUGGAGUAUGAGACUCCAAUCUUUCAGUCCACUGAGAGCAAUGAGCCCAAAGCUUUAACACAGAAGGACUUGAUAUCAUUUGCUUUUCAAGUUGCCAGAGGCAUGGAGUACCUUUCAACCAAACAGUGCAUCCAUCGAGAUUUGGCAGCAAGAAAUGUUUUGGUGGCUGAAGACUAUGUCCUCAAGUUGGCAGAUUUUGGCCUGACUCGAAACCUUUCUACGUCUGAUUACUACAAGAAAACAACAGAUGGGAGGCUACCAGUUAAAUGGAUGGCUCCAGAAGCUCUGUUUGACAGAAAGUAUACUUCUAAAAGUGAUGUCUGGUCAUAUGGUGUUUUACUGUGGGAGAUUUUCACACUGGGUGGCAACCCAUAUCCUUCAGUACCAGUCGAAGCUUUGUUUGCCCUGUUGAAAGAUGGCCAUAGGAUGAAGCCGCCACCUUAUGCUUCAACUCAAAUGUAUGGCAUAAUGCAAGAUUGCUGGCAAGAAGACCCAGAUAAACGACCUUGUUUCAACACUUUGGUUCAAAAACUAGAUAACAUGCUGACUUCUUCCCUUAAUCAAGAGGCAUAUCUUCUUCUUGAACCACUGGAUAGUCCCAUCAGCACAUCAGAUUCACAGUACUCUUCAAUGAGUCACAGCAGUACUAGUAGUGAUCCCAAAAGUUCUGAAUGUAGCUCCGUAAUGGGUUGAUUGUGAGCUUGUUGAGGAUGGUAGCUGUGUCACUAUUUGCUGAUGGUAGCUGUGUCACUAUUUGCUGAUGGUAGCUGUGUCAUUAUUGGCUGAUGGUAGCUGUGUCAUUAUUGGCUGAUGGUAGCUGUGUCAUUAUUGGCUGAUGGUAGCCGUGUCAUUAUUGGCUGAUGGUAGCUGUGUCAUUAUUGACUGAUGGUAGGUCUGUCAUUGCUGAUAGUGAUCUUGCAACAGAUGGUGACUAACUAAAGAUGACUCUGGAGGAUGGUGACCAUGCUAUUGUCUUUAGUUUUUGCUAAAGAGGAACAUUGAUGUGAGUAGAAGCCGGUGUUCAAGUGCUCAAGUAUUCUUGAGAUUCCAUUUUCACAAAAGUGGCAUCAUCAGAUUUCAUAGCAGUGAAUAUUUAAAACAUUGAUGGCAGUGUGCCACAUUUCAUUGCAGUGUUUAUGAUAGAAAAUCAGGAUAAAUGUGCCAAAUGAGAAAUGAAAUCCAUGGCUGGAUGUGUUUAGUGUAAAUAACAGGAAAAAAAAACUUUAAAAAACACAAGCCAAAAGAUUGUAAUUUUUAUUACAAAUCAUUUUUCUCAUUACAUGAAUAUAAUCCAUUCAGGUAGAUGGAUGAUUUCCUUUUAUUUUUUUUUUGGUUAUUCUAAGUAACUCUUUAAUUGAUGACACCAAUUAUAACAGAGCAACUGUAGGGCAUCUCAUUUGUUUAAAAUUUUUCUUAUUGAUACAAUCAGUAUUAAAUUAAUCGGGUUAACAGUGGGCGCUAGACUGUCUGUUUGUGCUGUUAAUUUCAAUUCUGUGAUGGAGAGAGACCAGUGGCCUGCAGGUUCCAGCAAUCUGCUGGAUCACAUGUACAUUGUUUUCUACAGAGGGUUUUAGAUGGCAUGUUUUGUGGCAUUGUGAUUGGUUAAAAACUUGGAUUUCAUGUAAAGUUUAGUUUCAUCAAAAGUUGAACUUGAUGAAAAGCUUGACGUUGUGAAAAGUUGCAGUGGAGGGUUUCAUGAAGGAUUUAUGUUGAAGAUUAGAAUUCUUUAGAACUGAUAAAUGAAUGAAAUCCAGCUUGAAAUGCCUGGAAUGGAAUAUUCUCUCCAUGUUCACAAUGACCGACAAAGAACAAGAAUUCUUCAUGUAUAUGAUCAUAUAACAUUUUGACAAUUUGUAAUGAAACAAAAUUUUAUGUACUUAACAUAUUUAUUACAAGCUUACUUUCUUAGCUAACAUUCAUAUCUGUAGGUUUUAUUUCCAUUUUUUUCAUUCACUAAAUGGCUUAGAACUUGUUUUUCAUCUAUUUAGGUUUUUAAAUGUUAAAUAUUAAAAAAAUAAUGUAGGGAGCAUAAUCUACUAGCAUAAAUACGUUUUUUAACAGUAAAAGUGCUUAGCAGUAUGUGUAAAUUUAGAUUCAUGGAGUCUAGACGUUGCAUCGUUGGUUUCUUGUAUACAUUGUCAGUAGUGCUUCUAGUAUAUGAAAAUGUUGAUUGUGUCAUAUGCUCACUUAAUAUUUAUAAUUGUUCAUGUUCUCUUUUGUAGUUCACAUCAUGCAUUAUUCUUUUCCAAUAAUUUAUUUUGUUGUUUAAUUUUUAUAAUUUUUUUUGUAAUCAGUGAAUGGCCAGAUAAUUUAAAAAAAUAGAAACCACACUUGAAAAAGGGGGUGAAGUAAGAAUAAACAGUGUUGAUUUAUUUUCUCUAUUUCUCUACUGUUUUCCUUUUUUUU